UUUCGGCUUGGCAGGCGUGCCGGCAGGAUGGGGAAGUGCCGUGGGCUCCGUACCGCUCGGAAACUCCGCAGCCACCGCCGCGAUCAGAAGUGGCACGACAAACAGUAUAAGAAGGCCCACUUGGGCACUGCGCUGAAGGCCAACCCCUUCGGCGGCGCUUCUCACGCCAAGGGAAUUGUUCUGGAAAAAGUUGGAGUAGAAGCUAAGCAGCCUAAUUCUGCCAUCAGGAAAUGUGUCAGAGUCCAGCUGAUCAAGAAUGGCAAAAAAAUAACAGCUUUUGUUCCCAAUGAUGGUUGCCUGAACUUCAUUGAGGAAAAUGAUGAAGUUCUGGUUGCUGGUUUUGGUCGGAAGGGUCAUGCUGUUGGUGACAUUCCUGGAGUUCGCUUCAAGGUUGUCAAAGUAGCCAAUGUUUCUCUCUUGGCCUUAUACAAGGGCAAGAAGGAGAGACCAAGAUCGUAAAUUGAUGUGCCAAGAAUGUAAAUAAAAUUUGCAAUUGGAAACACUCUUA